AUGAUCCCGCCUCUGGUGGGCAUUGGGAAACGACUCCCAAGCCCACGUCGGAGCAGUGGUCGUUUCGUCGGGCGGCUCAUCUUGGCCGCAACGAUAUCCUUUGACCGCCUGACCGGCGCGGCUUCGGGGACCGCCCGCCGAGACGCGACCAUGGAGGCUGCGGGGAUUUCAUCGGGCCACCGUCCUAGGCCUGUGGUGGCGCCGGCCGACAGUUUCGCGCUGUGGGUGGACCUCGGCCUGCGGGCCUCGCUCAGCAGUGUCACAGCUCUACGGGUGACCUUGAUGAGGGUGGCGCUCGUCGGGCCCUGGGUGGAGCCCGGCCCGCCCACAAAAGAGGCCUUGUUGCCUUUUGGCACGGUCGAUGACCAGCGCUGGGAUCGUCACCUUCACCAUCCUUCACCUAGACCGGACCGGGCGGUCGACGAGCACUGCGCCUCCGCACCUCACAUGUCGCACGCUCACGGCCUGGCCCGAGCGAAGCCUUUUCCGGGCAGCUCGUUCAACGCUGCAUCGCCAGGAGUGGCCUUGGUCAUUGGUCGUGUUGUCGGCGGCAAAGGAAAGCCGCACGACAUCGUGUUGCCGGUGGCAUCGGAGGUGCUCAUGGAGGAUGGGCCCGGACACAGCUUCGUGCCGGAUCUCUCAGAGACGCAAGUCUCAAAGUUGCGAGCCUUCUUGGACAGCCGCGUGGUGGCGCACAAGGGAAAGCCGCCGAAUGAACGGCGAUGGGCAAGCGUCAGCCUGGAGCAAAGGAAUGCAGUCUUGUGUAAGUGGAGAUCCGCUGCAACCUUCUAUUGCCCGGGGAGCAAAUGGCACUACCAGCUCAGGCUCCGCGAGCCACAGUCGACAGAAGGAGCUGGCAAAGAUCGGAAGGAAUUCAAUUUGGUCUUCCAGAAGGUGCCUGGUGGCCAAGACCCAACAUGGACGGUGUCUAUCGUUCAAGAAGCAGAAAAGAUCUGGACAGAGGUUCGCAUGAACGAGGCGUUUCUUUUCAGCCAUCGGGACCGAAUGCUUGCGUCGCAGCAGCACUGUUUCAGCCGCCUUUGCAGAGAUUUUCGCAGAAACGCGCAAGCAUUGCAGAAGGUCCUGGAGGGCAUUGACCCCCAUUCAUCAGGUAAUGGCGGCAGGAGGCUCUUCUACCCGGGCAUCUUUGACAUGGCCUCUCAGGUUCAAGAGUUCUAUGAUAGACGGACGCGAGGGCAGGUGGAUGCUAAAGGUGUAGAUGCAACGGCCAGACUCAGAAGCUUCAACAACUGCAUCAAAACUCUUCUCCUGGAAAGCUUUGUGGACGACAUGGCUGGAAAUCUACGAAUCCUGGACCUUUGCUGCGGCCGAGGGCAGGACUUGAAGAAGUACUCUCGGGCGCAUCGCAGCUGCAACGUUGAAUCUUUGGUUUGUGUGGACUUUGUGGCAGAAGCUGUCGCAGAAGCCAGGCGUCGUUACAGCGAGAUGGCGGCAAGAGGUCACGAAGCUGGGCGGCCCGACUUCGCGGCAUCGUUCUACACUGGUGACUGUAGCAGCGCCGAAGUCUUCAACGAGUUGGCUCAGGAUGGUUUUUCAGAGUUUGAUGUCAUUGUGUGCCAGUUUGGCCUCCACUAUCUCUUGGGAGCAGAGGAGGAUGCCACUCGUUUCCUGCAGCGAAUCUUCGCGCUUCUUCGGCCGGGGGGUCGCUUCAUUGCCACGGUACCUUCGUGUGAGGUGCUAGCAGAUUUGUAUGAGCAAGCAACCCCUUUCACUGACAGUGGCAGGAGCCGCGAACGCGAGCUCCAGCAGAGCUUGUUUCAGGUUCGCUUCGAAGGAGAAGCCUGGCGACACUUGGACACUGAAGGCGGUCGGCUGAGCCUGGAUGAGGUCUUCCAAAGUCGCUGGGGUUUGCCCUACCUCUUCUGGCUGAAGGGGGCUGUUUGUGCUGAGGAGUAUCUUCUUCCCUGGGAAGCUUUUGAAAAGCUUGCCGAAUCCACAGGCUUCAGUGUGAUGGCGGAUGCGUCCUUCCCGGAUCUCCUCAGCUUGUUGAAGGACAAGUCAAAGUUCUUCAACGACUUUUUUUCAAAAGACAGAAGAAACGAAAAUAUGAGCUGUGACGAAGAACAAGUCUUCAAGCUGUACAGCGGAUUCGUGCUGGAGCGUCCCGCAGACACCGAGCGGAACUUCACAGGUCCAGCCAAGGCAUCGCAAUACUUGGGUGGUGCCAGAACACCCACACUCGCCGGACUUCGUGCACUUUCCUGUUCCGGUCGACGAAAAGUUCCUGGAGUACAGCCGCUAGAGGAUGCUGGGAUCGGAAGCAGUAUCCAGACGAUGCCACCGGUCACGCUGCCGAAGCACAUGGCGCAACCUCCACCAUUGCCGCCAGUCGACCGUUUGCCGUGUCGAAGCCAGCUCGAGGUGAGACACAGCGGCAGCUCCUCGCUCACAGCUGGACAUGCGCUGCAAGACAACUAA